AUGGCCACAAGAACAAUAUAUCUCAUCUCUGCUCGCAACACAUCCUUCCAAAGAGCCCACUUCUCAAUAUUUGUCCCAUCGGCUACGAAUCCCGACCGGGGAACCAAAAUCCACGCGGUUGGUGCACCAAUGGCAGGCUACGUCCUGGAGUUCAAACGAAAUUACAAUCCCAGUCUCGAUCCUCACGACCAGACCUUUUCAAUCGGCCAGGUCCACUCGUCCGACAUCGUUGAUUCCCCAGGUGCGGCUCCAUCUAUCGACUCCACCCCCCGAGGGAAGAUCGAACUAGCGGCGACACAAAUCUCGACUCCGGGGAUCAAUUAG